GACAAACACAUUUGGGACCUGUUGAGAAGCAUCAGACGAACCAAUCUCAAAGAAAAUGAGAGCCAAAGCCAUCUCCAUAUCCCCUCUGCUGCUCUUUUUCUUCUUCCUUCUUCAGCAGUCGCGAGCCCAGCAAACAAACACGACCGGCUACGCCUGCCCGGCGAACCAGUCCACUUACCCAUGCCAAACCUACGCCUUCUACCGGGCCACCGCCCCCAACUUCCUCAACCUCGCCGCCAUCGGCGAUCUCUUCGGCGUCAGCCGCCUCAUGAUAGCCGAACCCAGCAACAUAUCCUUAGCAAACACCACACUCCUCCCCGGCCAACCCCUCUUCGUUCCCCUCACCUGUUCCUGUAACGCCGUCUCCAACGCCACCGAAACCAUCUCCUACGCCAACAUCUCCUACACAAUCAAUCCGGACGACACCUUCUACCUGGUCUCCACCUUCUCCUUCCUCAACCUCACCACGUACCAGUCCGUCGAGGUCGUCAACCCCACCCUCGUCCCCACCAAUCUCACCAUCGGCGUCGAUGUCAUCUUCCCCGUUUUCUGCAAGUGCCCCAAUCAGACCCAGUUGCAGAAUCGAAACAAUUACCUCAUCUCCUACGUCUACCAGCCCUCCGACAAUUUGUCUUCCGUCGCUUCCCGGUUCGGAACAGAGGCACAGUCAAUUGUCGACGUUAACGGAGCAAGCAGCAUACAACCCUAUCAGACAAUCUUCGUUCCGGUGAAUCAGCUUCCUGAGCUAACGCAGCCGAUUGUUGCCCCUUCUGUGCCGUCCAGAAGGGUGGAGCGGAAAGGGGUGAUUGUGGGAUUGGCGGUGGGGUUGGGGAUUUGUGGGAUUUUGAUGAUUUUGAUUGUGGGUUUUUGGGCGUACAGAGAGGUUUUGUUGAAGAAGAGGAGGGAAACGGAGAGGGAAGAAGAAGAAAGGCAGAGGCAGAAGCAGAUGUCAGUGGGUGGGGGAGGGAAGGGGGUGAAGGUGGAGGAUGUGAAUUUGAUGGUGGAUGUUUCGGAGUGCUUGGACAAGUACAAAGUUUACAAGGUAGAGGAACUGAAAGAAGCCACCAAUGGGUUUGAUCAGAGAUGCUUGAUUCAAGGGUCUGUGUACAAAGGAUACAUCAAUGGAGAGGCCUAUGCGAUCAAGAAGAUGAAGUGGAACGCCCGCGAGGAACUGAAGAUCCUACAGAAGGUUAACCACGGGAAUCUGGUGAAGCUGGAGGGCUUCUGCAUCGACCCAGAGGACGCAAACUGCUACCUGGUCUAUGAGAACGUGGAGAACGGCUCUCUCCACUCAUGGCUUCACGACCCCCAAUCCCAGAACCAAAAGCUCAGCUGGAAAACCCGCCUGCGUGUCGCCAUCGACGUCGCCAACGGCCUCCAGUACAUCCACGAGCACACCCGCCCCCGCGUCGUCCACAAAGACAUCAAAGCCAGCAACAUCCUCCUCGACUCCACCAUGCGCGCCAAGAUCGCCAACUUCGGCCUCGCCAAGUCCGGCUGCAACGCCAUCACCAUGCACAUCGUCGGCACCCAGGGCUACAUCGCCCCGGAGUACCUCGCCGACGGCGUCGUAUCCACCAAGAUGGACGUCUUCUCCUUCGGGGUGGUCCUGCUGGAGCUCAUGUCCGGCAGGGAGGCCGUCGACGACGAGGGGAGGGCGCUGUGGGUCGACGCCCCCAAGGUUCUGGAAGGGAAGGAGGAGGAGAAGGUGGCGAGGGUGAGGCAGUGGAUGGAUAGGGCUCUGGUGAAGGACUCGUGCCCCAUGGAGAGCAUGAUGAAUGUGAUGGCGGUCGCGGUGGCGUGCGUGCACAGGGACCCGGCGCGGCGGCCGAGCAUGGUGGACAUUGUGUAUGCGCUGUGCAAGAGCGACGACUACUUCUGUGAUGUUUCGGAAGAUGGGCUGUCUGGCACUCCCAUACUGGCUAGGUAAAUUAUAUAGGAAGAAAAUUUUGGUUCAUCCAAAUGAUCGGUGAUCUCGGAUCACUCAUUUCUCGUAUGUGGGUGUGGGAGAAUACAUAAUUUACGCUUUGCAACAAGAGUAGUGAUUUAAAAAAACACUCUUCGUGAUUCGAGGGAGUCCAGAAGUUUAUUGUGAAUUGGACUUGAUUCUGAACUCAUGUGUCAACUUGCUUGACUCGGUACAAAUUUGAGUAGUGGUAUUUAAUCGCCCAUGCUUUUGAAUA